AUUAACGAGUUCUUGCGAGAGAAUGGAGUUUCAGGCCUCGGCCUGAUUCACGCAAGCUGUCUCCAAACGUCCAGAGAGCGCUAUGCAACACAGGGAUCAAUCUUCACCAUUUUGUCUCGGUGACGAGCAUCACUGGGACAGGGUCGCGCAAAGCUCUCCGAAGGAAUCGAAGAGUUUGGCUGGCUCGAGAAGAAAGAACUACCAUGGUCGACCAUUUAUCCGCGGCGCCUUGACAACUUUGAGGAGCGAGAUGGUACCGUCAACCGAGGAGAACUUCUACAGGUGCAUCGUCAGCAGUACCGUGGUAACCUUCAACCUUCGAGAGGCCCUUAACAAUGGUGUCAGCUGCGGUGAUCUCAGGCUGACACACUUCGCCAGUGGCACGAUGAAACUUUACAUUCCCACCGACGAACAGCCUUGGUAUUUCAUCAGCACUGCCGACUAUCGAGAGUAUGGACCACAAGUCUGGGAUGACCUGCGCAACUUUCUGAGCAGCAAUUGGGUACCAUUGUCUUUCAGAGGAGUGAUUUUCGAAGGAAGCCAUGCUCGGAGCUCUUUCAUGACAUCCUCUCGCGGGAGAAAUGUUGCUACCGAGGAAUGCAGCAAGCUCUUGAAAGUUCCCCGUUGA